CUUAAAAACAAACAAAAGAAACAAUAUAUUUUACUAAAAAAAAUAGCAGCUGAUUGCUUUAUUUUGCAUUUGGAGAUAUCAGCGAAAAUUUAGAAGCCUCGGUCUGCAAUGCACACAUACAAUGAUGGUUUAAAUUACGUGCCACUAUUGGCGGCACAAAGCGCCGCACCACACAUGAGCAACGGCAGCGGAGUUUGCUUCAACACAGCACGACGUGCCGCACGAGGGAUGUCACCGACGACAUUGGGCAGCGUCAUCUGUUACAAUGGCAACUAUGAGGGCGAUCUCAGCAUGUUCGGCAGCAAGCCAACACUGCAGCCGCAGACACAGCAACGCCGCCUGGAGCUGGUGGAAACCGAUUCGGACACCGAGUACCGACGCGAAUUGGAAGCUUAUCAACCGCCACAGCGUAGCAAUGCGUACCAAAGUAGUGGCAUUGAGCGGCAGCUACGGCGACUGCUCAUCUACUAUGGCGAUCGUUUAUUGAGCCCCAAGCGACGCCAACAAGCCGCAGCAUUCACGAGCAGCAUCUAUAAGAGUUCCUAUUAUCAGCGCACAAGUGAAUUGUUGUAUCGAGCCUGCGUCUGGACGCUGUGGUUGUUGCGUCUGAUGCUGUUCACCCUGCUCCGUUUCAGCAACAGCAGCUAUGGUUGUUGGCGUAGUUGUAUUUUGAUGCGGAAUACAGCGCGCCGCGUGCUCUGGUGGAUGACAUUGGCCAAAUGUGGCGAUGUAAAACUCUUCGUGAUGAUAUUGCUCGGCACACCGCUCGUAUUCGUCAUCGGCGUGUUGGGCCUACUACUCUCCAUCUAUUGUGCGCUGCGUGAAUGUUUUAGUAAUGCAAAUUUUCUACGCCGGUUUCAUGUCACCUGAAUAACACAUACACAUAUAUAUAUAUAUACGUAUAUAUAUGUAUGUAUACCGCUUCACCAUAUAGAGAGCGAUAUAUUUUUGGAGCAUUUUCAAGGAUACUAA